AUGAUCCGCGCAUACCUAACUUUCUUCCGCGAGAAAAAACUGGAUACGUGGAUAGCUCACGGCACGCUGCUUGGCUGGUGGUGGAACGGCAGACGUCUCCCCUGGGACUUUGAUCUCGACACACAAGUCACAGGCCGAACACUGCUCCGUCUAGGCAGGGAGUUCAACCACACUCGGUACAAGUAUACUUCUCCCGACAGCUCCGUGCGGCGCGAAUACCUCCUCGACGUCAACCCAUGGAUCCACCAACGCAUCCGCGGCGACGGCAUGAACGUCAUCGACGCACGCUGGAUCGAUGUGCGCAACGGGCUAUACAUCGACAUCACCGGCCUCAGUGAGACGCAGCCAGACACGCAUCCUGGCAUCUGGACUUGCAAGAAUAACCACCGGUAUCACAUGGACGAGCUGUAUCCGAUGCGCGAGACGGUGUUUGAAGGCAUGUUUGCGAAAGUGCCGUAUGCGUAUGACAAGAUUCUGACGGAUGAGUAUCGCGAGGGCGCGUUGGUGAAUACGGAACAUAAUGGGGAGUGGAUCAAGUCGCCAGAUCGAGCAAGGCAAGAUCAGAAGGCACAGGCGGCAAGGGAUAGGGAAGCGAAGAAGAAGGUACAGGAGAGGAAGAGGAUGGAGUGGGAGGCGAGUUGGCCGUAA